AUGGAAGCCGCCAGCGCUCGAUACGCGGCGCGAGAUCGAUUCGCAUUCCCCGCCGAACCCGCUGCCACACCACUUCAGCGAUAUAUUCAAAAUGCAUGCAGUCCAGAGAACUUUGAGCCCAAUCUGGCGCUUUCACUGGAGAUUGCAGACCUGAUCAAUGCCAAAAAGGGCGGCGCUCCACGAGAAGCAGCGGUAGCGAUAGUCGGCUUCAUCAACCACCGCAAUCCGAACGUCAGCUUGUUGGCUCUGAGCCUCCUGGAUAUUUGCGUCAAGAACUGCGGCUACCCUUUCCACCUUCAGAUAUCCACCAAAGAAUUCCUCAAUGAGCUCGUUAGAAGGUUUCCCGAGCGUCCACCGCUACGAACGACGCGCGUGCAGAAUAAGAUCUUGGAGUUGAUUGAGGAAUGGAGACGGACAAUUUGUGAGACCAGCAAAUACAAGGAGGAUCUGGGCUUUGUGAGGGACAUGCAUAGGCUACUGCACUACAAGGGCUACCAGUUCCCAAAGAUCAGUCGCGAGGAUGCUGCUGUGCUGAAUCCGUCAGACAACUUGAAGAGUGCGGAGGAAAUGGAGGCAGAGGAGAGGGAGAGUCAGAGCGCAAAGUUGCAGGAGUUGAUUCGACGUGGAACCCCACAUGAUUUGCAGGAGGCCAACAAGUUGAUGAAAGUCAUGGCUGGCUAUGACACACGGCAUAAAACGGACUAUCGAGCCAAGGCUGCGGAGGAGGUGAGCAGGAUUCAGCAAAAAGCCCGCUUACUGGAGGAGAUGCUGCAGGAUCAAAAGGCUGGCGAUCAGAUCAAAGAGGGCGACGUCUUUGAGGAGCUUGCGAAUGCAUUGGCGUCAGCACACCCGAAGAUUCAGAAAAUGUGCGAAGAGGAAAGCGAAGAUACAGAGGCCGUGGCGAAGCUCUUUGAAAUCAACGACUCGAUACAUCGGACUAUUGAGAGGUACAAGUUGAUGAAGAAGGGAGAUGUAGAAGGGGCGAAUGCGAUUCCCAAGGGCACCCUAGGCGUCAGCGGAGCGGGCGUUCAAAAAGGACCCGACAAUGAGCUUUCUCUCAUUGACUUCGGUGGAGCUGAGUCAGAAGCACAACCGGCAGCACAAGCAUCAGCAGCAACACAGCCGAAAUCUGCUGGAAAUGCUCUGGAGGACGAUCUUCUUGGACUGAAUAUGGGASAUGGAAACUACGGCCAGGGAGGAGGAAUCUCUCUUGGAAACGCGGACAUUAUGGCCCAGUUUUCGCAAACCGCUCCAAACUCCAUCUUCUCCACACAGCCAACAAAAGCGGCUGCACCAUCUUCAUCUGCUAUGUCCCCUGCAGCGUCAAACUUCAAUCUGUUUUCGUCACAGUCUUCAUCAAAAUCAGCAACUCCCAUUCCGGCAAGUCUGCAACAGCAAGCAUCGAAGAAGGCCGACCCAUUCGCGGCGCUCAACACGUCAUCUCGACAGAGCUCACCAUUCCAGACCGCAGCGCCAGCAAAGUCUCCUGCACCAGCAUCCUCGAAUACCAUGGAUCUCCUAGGAAUGGGUGGGAGCAGCAGUAAUGGAACAUCCACGACCGCAGCAGCCGACGACGAAUGGGAAUUCAGCUCCUCUCUUCCCGCACAACCAGAGGAGGUCCAUCUCGAAGUCACUAACACAGCCAUCAAGACCGUCUUCACAAUCACGCGGUCUACUGAUAACGAAUUGCUCAUCCGAAGUUUUAUCAGCAAUACUACCGCGCAGCCGAUUGGAGACCUGACUUUUCAAUUAGCCGUCACGAAGGGAUAUACACUUCAGCUAGAACCUCAAUCCUCGCGCAGUCUAGCACCUAAUCAGCAGAAUGGCAUCUCACAGGUGAUUCGGUUACAAGGCGUUGAGAGGGGAAAGGGCAGUGCAGUCAAGAUGCGGUGGAGAGCUGGAUAUACUGUUGGCGGAGCAGCGAAGCAAGAGCAAGGAGCCAUUAAUGGACUUGGAAUUAGCUGA